AUGCAGAUCGUCCGGUGGCUGUACCUCUCCGGGCUGGUGUUCGCCAUGCUGAUCCCGGCAGGGUGGCAGAUGAGCCCCGAGGGCUUGGAUGACGCCUCCAGAUGGCAGCCGUCUGAAUCGCAAAGCGCCCGAAGCUUCGCGUCCAACCUCAAGCGACACUCGGAAGGCACCUUCACCAGCGACUUCACCCGCUACCUGGACAAGAUGAAGGCCAAGGACUUUGUGCACUGGCUCAUCAACACCAAGCGGUACAGCUCCACGAAGAGGUACCUGAAGGAGGAGCCCCGCGGCAUCCCCUUCCCGGCCGCGUUCCCACCGCUCGCGCUUCCUCUCAGCGUCAACGUGGUGCGGUCGUUUGCGUUUACAGGGGAUGUUCUCGUGCUUCGGUCGCGGGGAAGCAAAGCGCCCAACCGCUCGGACAUGCUUUACGCGGCCCCGCCACGGAGGGCAUCCCUCUCGUACCGGUAG